AUGGAAAAUCAAAUUGUUAUUCCUUUUAAUAAAAUUAAGAAUUUUGUUGAAAAAUCAUUAACUUCUGUUGGUGUUCCAAUAAAUAUAGCUACGGAAACUGCUUCAAAUUUAAUAGAAGCAGACAUCAAAGGACAUUAUAGUCAUGGAGUUUCACGUUUACCAUUUUAUAUAAAUGAUUUAACUUCUGGAAUAACUUCUAAAGAUGGAAAUAUAACUAUAGUUAAAGAAAAAUUUUCAACAUGUCAAGUUAAUGGUAAUAAUCUUCUUGGAGCUUAUGUUGGAAGUUUUUGUAUAAAAAAAGCUAUUGAAUUAGCUAAAAAAUAUGGUGUAGGUAUGGUAACUGCAAAACAAUCCAAUCAUUUUGGUAUUUGUAGUUAUUAUAGUGAGAUGGCUGAAAGAGAAGGAUUAAUAGGAAUGGUAUUUACAAAUACCUCACCAUGUGUUUUUAAUUGUAGAUCAAGUGAAAAAGGUAUGGGUUCAAAUCCUAUAUCAUUUGCAGCACCAUCUUUAAUUAAAGAUGACAAUUUUUCAUUAGAUAUGGCAACAACAACUGUAGCAUAUGGAAAAAUAGAGGUAAUUCAAAGAAAAGGAGAAGAUGAAAUUCCUAUAUCAUGGGGUGCUAAUAAAAAUGGUAUUCAAUCAAGAAGUGCAAAUGAAAUUUUGACUGAUGGUGGUUUAAUGCCAUUAGGGGGAAUAGAAGAAACUGGUGGUUAUAAAGGUUCUGGACUUGGAAUGAUGGUAGAAUUAUUAUGUGGAGUUUUGUCAGGAGCAAGUUAUGGAAAAAAUAUAAGAUUUUGGCAAAAAGAUACAAGCGGUAUGGCAGAUUUAGGACAAUGUUUUAUUGUUAUUGAUCCUAAUUGUUUUGAAGAUAAUUUUGAGGAACGUUGUCAACAAUAUCUUGAUGAAACAAGAAAUCUUAAACCUGUAGAAAAGGGAAAAAAUGUUUUGGUUCCUGGAGAUAUUGAAAGAAAGAGAAAAGAAAUGUGUAUUAAAAAAGGUGGUGUUAUAUACGAAAAAUAUCAAAUUGAUAUUUUAAAAAAAUUAGCUUUACAACUUAAUCUUGAUUACACAAUUUUUUUCUAA